AUGACUAACACAGACAACGACACCCUUCCCAAAGCUAUCCUCUACUCUUGGCCCACUUCGGUAUGGUCCACCGUCCCUCAAUUGUGCUUGCACGAGAAAGGUUAUUCCAGCGAUGAGUACAUAAUCAAAUAUGUGGAUAUCAGUGAGUGCUUUCUGGCCAUGACCAGGAGGGACAAUACAAAUACUGAUGCUGUUGCUCACAGCCAAAGGAGAAGUAAGUUCAUGGGUCUUGCUCAUGAGGUUGGUGGUUGUGCUGACGACAGUUGUAAGAACUUCGCCCCUUCCUACUUGAAGCUCAGAGCUGAUCCUCUGGCAGGAACAAUUCCUACUCUUGUCGUACCGACACUGGAGACUACUGGUAAUGAUGUGGAUACUAGAUAUCGCUCUUUGAGAGACACCAUCUCAAUCUGUGACUUCCUCGACCACGCUCGAAGCGCCAGCUCGGGCCAUAUCCAACAUUCUGACAAGCCUGCUCCCACACUGGCCCCCGCCACCAUCGAAGGCAAAGGUCUCUCCGACGAGAUCAUCAACAUUAUCCAUGUCUACACGGUAGAUCCCAACUUUGUGGUUUUGGCUGCUAGGGAUGAAGCAGAACUACGAGAGAAGGCAAAACGUCCUCCCGGUCAAUCACUGGCUCUUCGGAGAGAAGCCCUCCAACGUUAUUUGGAAGAAGCUAGGCAAGCGGUUGCAGAGUCUGCCGUCGCGCCAAAGGAGGGAAGCUUGACAUGGGAGCAAAAAACCGUGAAGUUCUUGGAGGAGAAGGUACAAUCCAAUGAGCAAAUAUGGGAGUUGUACAAUGGUAAAGCAGGAAAGGAGAAGGAAGCUCAAUUCUUCGAGGUUUGUAAGAGGACAUGGACGGAAUCUUUGCCAGACGCUUUCAAAAAGCUUGAGAAUCUAUUCAAGGGACCCUUUGCUCUCGGAGACCAAGUCUCACUCGCCGACCUUCAUACCAUUUCAUGGCUCACACGCCUCGUCUCUAUCGCCGGCGGAGAGCCCGUUGCGGCCGGUAUCGACUCUCUGAUCCCUCAUCUCGGUGGUUACAAGUUCGGCCCCAAAGUCAGGAAGUUCUGGGAAGAAUGGGUGGAGAGGGACAGUUUCAAGAAUGUGCUUGUCCCUGCUUGUGGGGCGUUCAGAAAUCAAGGCGUUCAAGAUGCAAAGUAA